GCUUUCACCUUGAACCUUGAACCUACGCAGGGCCGGCAGGGACUCGCACCGCACUCUCUGACCACGCACCUUCGUCCUGCUCGCAGUGUCAACGCAGCCGGCCCGGUUCAACUUUGCAAUCUCGCGCAAUACACUCACGCUUGCCUCCAUCCUUCUCCACCCGGCACAGCUCCAGACACGGAUAGGGGAGCAUCGGUCGCAAGACGAAAGCACGGCCAUACUUGGUAUCAUUGCCAUUCAUCCUCGACGCACCAAACUUUCUAGCUCGCCAAGUACUCGUCAUGGUGCUGUACAUCAUAGGCCUAGGCCUGGCAGAUGAGAAGGACAUCACACUUCGCGGCUUGGAAGCCAUCCGAUCCUCCUCCCGCGUCUACCUUGAGGCGUACACCUCCAUUCUCAUGCUCUCCAACACGAGCGCACUGGAAAAGUUGUGGGGGAAACCGGUCAUCAUGGCGCAUCGAGAGACGGUAGAGCUGGAAGCUGAUGACAUCAUCCGAGACUGCAAAGAUGGCAAUGUCAGUUUUUGCGUAGUCGGCGAUCCGCUAUCAGCCACGACGCACACCGACUUGAUUCUUCGCGCAAAAGCUUCGGGAGCGACUGUGCGAGUGGUGCACAAUGCCAGCAUCAUGACGGCCAUUGCGAGUUCGGGCUUGCAACCUUACAACUUCGGACAGACUGUCAGCGUGCCUUUUGCUCAGGUGGACAGUUGGUUGCCCAGAAUCGCAGAGAACCUUCAGCAUGGCAUGCACACCUUGGUCCUGGGCGACAUCAAGGUUAGAGAACAGAGCGAAGAGGAUAUGGCCAGGGGCAUCCAAAGGUACCAACCACCUCGCUACAUGCUAAUCCCUCAACUCAUCGAAAAGCUGCUCUCGGCUUCCGAAGCGCAUUCACAAGGUCUGGCAAAAUCUUCGCUUCCUGUCGCUCCCAUUUUGAGUGCGCAAAACACUCUGGCGGUAGCGCUGUGUAGAAUGGGAGCGGAAAGCGAGGGCAUCUAUGCCGGUACGCUAGCUGAGCUGCACGCGUUGGCCGCAGCUACGCCAGAGGAAGCACGAGCAGAGGAAGAGGCGGACGAUGCGGACGAGCUGGCUUCGGAGGCGGAGCUGGACAAGAGAAGGGCGCAGAGAGCGGAAGAGAGGGCUCAUACAGCGUUUGGAGCACCACUGCAUAGCUUGGUCAUUGUUGGGAGCAGAAUACACGACAUGGAAGCGCGUUAUGCUGGCCAAUACAAAGUAACAGGGAGCAGAUGGGAUGAUGUGGCCCGGGAGGUGUAUGGCUGUCGAGAUUGAUGGCGAUAUGCAUGAAAUAUCGCAAUGGCAAAGCGUCGCCGUUGAUGCUGUUUUGCCAGAAGAAUCACCAAGCGAGCGAAGUUGGGUAUGCGUGUUCGGCCCUCGUCGGAAUUUAGCUCUUUUGCUGCCGACUAUCACGCUGUUGCGAGCGCCGCCGCGUAAAGAAUGAUUUCAAAGGAGCUCGCAAAGCUCGCGGAGGGGCUUAAGAUAUGCCUGACAAUGCAGUCGCUGUCAUAGAGCUCCUCUUCUGACUCUGGUCUUGCAAAUUUGUCAGUCACGACGUGUUUGUGUUACUUCCACACAAAGCCUCAAAUGAUCUACACUGGCUGCCCUUGGUUCAGACCAAAAAGCUUCUUGCCAUCGAC